CUGUAAUGCUGCACAGUUGCAUCCGCUCCAUCCAUUUUUCCUGACACGCGCAAUGAAGGUUGAGCCAUUUUGUUUGGAAGUCCGACGUGGCGGCCGGAUUGCUUGGCGACUCUUAAUUCGAUAUGAUUCUAUCUGCUGUGCUACUAUUGGUAUUGACGGCACUAUGUUCACAUUCUGUGCUCUCAGAAGUUACGCAAUCAACAAAUUCUUAUUUGUCUACGGCUGAUAGAGCACGCUUGAAGAAUAUCCUUGAAUCGGGAUUUCAAUUAGAUGAUAUAUCGUCAGUGUACUAUGCUGUCAGUGGAUAUAAGCUGCUUGGAGAAACUAUAUCGAAAACAGAUGCCAUCUGCAAAUAUUUAAUAAAAUCCAAUGGGGAAAACAUCACACCUGAAACGGCAUUUUAUCUUGCCUCUACAUGGAAAACAAUCGGAGGCUGUCAAGAGUUUUCUACAAAUAUCGUAACAAAGAUAUUGACGAAUGUUAUACAGAAAGAUACUUCUACACUUUCUGAUCUGUACUAUGCAGUGAAUGGUUUAACAGCUUUGUCGCAAAAGGUACCUUCUGCCAGGAUCGACAAGUUAGUUAAAUCAAUUCAAGCAGUUUUAAGGAAAGAUGACAGUCUCUGGAACUUGGGAUACGUAUUCCACAUUGCUGCAGAUUUAGGUACGCCAGCCGCAUUUGCUUUUGAUCGUAUCGAAGAUGCUGUAGUACAAGCGGAUGAGGUGGAUGGCCAGUACUUGCAAUUUGAAGGCGGUCUUUCUAUAACAAGUUUUCUCGUUAACGGUAUUCUUAAAUUAUCGACUUCGUUAAAGAAAAAGCCACCAUUAAACUUUCAACAGACUGUCAAAUUUGGAAAUUAUCUUCUCUCGCGGCGUUCUGUGCAAACGACGAAGGGUGUUACAAAUUUGCUGUCCGCUUUAACCGCUUUAGCGGUCGAGAGUCUUGAAAAACCUGUUUGCAUAACACUAGCCGAGGGAGGGCUUAUUAUAUCUAAUAAGCAACCAUUGGUUACGGUCAAGGUUUGCGAUAUUCUUGGUCAAGCAUUACCGAACGUGCCGAAAGUUAUUGCAAAUUCCGCUACGCGAGUAGGAGACGACGUCGUUAUUCUUAGCAAUGAGAAUUUGCAGCCAUCUACGACAGAGAAGACUUUGUUUACAAUGAAUCUUAUGAAUGUGAAACCCGAUCGCGGUUUUUACAAAAUAUUAAUCACAGCAGCCUCGGUUACGAAUACGAUUACAGUAAAAGUUUUGUCUGAAGCAAUAUUGGACUAUUUAGAAAUCGGUACUGGUGAUGCCGAUCAGACUACUCAACCAAAACUUACGAGAAUAAAUACAGAAUCUCCCUCAGGCAAAAUUGAUCAUAAAAUAGAAGCUGAUUCUCAGCAAAAAUUAGUUAUGCGAUUUUUGUUGCGUGACUCUGCCAAUAAGAAACCGAUACGCGUGCAUCAAGCCUUUGUCCGCCUUACAUCUGUCUCGACAUCUGCCAACAACAAGCGAGGUCAUGAAAUCUUUUUUGUCGCUGAACCUGAUGCUGCUCAUGUUUACAAAUUUGAUAUGCCGGUUGGAACAGCAGCUGCAAAUUUUGGUCACCAGAGUGGAGAAUAUGACAUGGAAUUAAUCAUUGGUGAUGCUGUGAUUAGUAAUCCGUUCCGAUUCAAUAUCGGCACAGUAACUUUGAAAUUUCCAGAGCCAACUUCAGUGGAAGGUCCCGAUAAGGGUGUAUCUUAUAAGCAACAACCGAAUGUAUAUACGACUAAACCGGAAAUAAAGCAUAUGUUCCGUGAACCUGAACGCAGACCUCCAGCAUUUGUGUCAAACCUAUUUACAGGAUUGUGCUUGGCACCGGUUUUAUUAUUGUUGAUUUUGUGGGCUCGGCUUGGUGUUAAUAUCUCUAACUUUCCCUUGUCCCUCAGCGCAAUUACAUUUCAUCUUGGGUUGGGAGGCAUCUUCGUGCUGUUUGGUAUUUUCUGGUUGAAGCUUAAUAUGUUCGUCACAUUACGCUAUCUUCUUGGUUUCGGAGUCGUUACAUUCCUUGCUGGUAAUAAGAUGCUAUCUCAGAUAGCACAAAGACACAAAUCGUCGCGUUAAUUUGUACUCUGUUAUGUCAUAAUUAUACUCUAUUGUGUGAAAACUGCUGAGAAUGAGCAAUUGCAGUUUGCAAGAUGCAUAAUAAAUAUAAGACUGCCAUUGAUAAGUUCGAAGUGGCUAACAUUCAUUUAUUAAUGUGAUAAAAAUAUUAUGCACUGCUUUCCACUCGUCAGAAAUGUAAAUAAUGGAACAUGUACAUUGCUUACUUUGUUUAUUA